GUAAAAUUCAGAACUGCAUGUUUGUGUGUGUGUUUUUAUUUUUAUUUUAAGAAUCUUUCUUGUUAAUGUCCUUGUUAAGACAUUAACAUUUCCCCAUAACACUGAACACUGAGUCCAAACUCUGAGACAGGACCAUACUUCCAGCUGACGUCCUUAUGAGAGGAGGAGUUUGGUAAAGUCACUCAGGAUUAUUUCCAAAAUGACUCAAGCAGCUCGCUCUCCAUCUCGAACAGACGUCUCCAGUUUUCCUCCUUCACUGUGUGGUCCAGAACGGAUCGCAUGGUUCCAGCGGAUCAGACGCGCAAAGACCGAGAAUCAUGGCGGACAAGAGAAAUGCGUUCGUGGAUAAUUCGUGGAUGUCUGUCCAAGUCGAGUUGCUUCGAUGACUGUGGAGGAGAAAUUUGGAAGAGGAGACGGAUUUUUCAAAUGGACAAACGCGCCGUCUCUCCUGACUUUGCCUUCACAGCUGAGAAGUCCCUGGGUCUUACGGUCGUCUGGACAAACUCAGCCUUGUUGGGACCAGCUUCCAAGCGGUUUGCGAGUUGCCUGAUUGUCACGGGACACAUUUGAAACGGCCGAUGCGCAAUCAUCUUCCCACGGACUGAUGAGACCUAUAGUCUCCCCCUGUUGCUCCAGGUAAGCUGAGAUCUGUCCGUCAUCAUUACUCCGCAUUCCGACAUGGAUUUCAACAACAGCUCAUUGCGCUACCUCCACGUGGAGUUCAACCCGCUGACUGAAAUCAUGGACGAGAACGAAACCAACUCCACGCUCGGCGAGCGGAGCGUUCCGAGCUGCGUCCAGAUCCGCAUCCCGCAGGAGCUUUUCCUGGCGCUGGGCAUCAUCAGCCUGGUGGAGAACAUCCUGGUGAUCCUGGCGAUCAUCAGGAACCGCAACCUGCACUCGCCCAUGUACUACUUCAUCUGCUGCCUGGCCGUGUCCGACAUGCUGGUGAGCGUCAGCAACGUGGUGGAGACCAUCUUCAUGCUCCUGAACGACCACGGCCUCCUGGACGUGCACCCGGGCAUGCUGCGCCACCUGGACAACGUCAUCGACGUGAUGAUCUGCAGCUCCGUGGUGUCCUCGCUCUCCUUCCUGUGCACCAUCGCUGCGGACCGCUACAUCACCAUCUUCUACGCGCUGCGCUACCACAGCAUCAUGACCACGCAGCGCGCCGUCGGCAUCAUCGCGGUGGUGUGGCUGGCCAGCUUCACCUCCAGCAUCCUCUUCAUCGUGUACCACACCGACAACGCCGUCAUCGUGUGCUUGGUCACCUUCUUCUGCAUCACCCUGGUGUUCAACGCGGCGCUCUACCUGCACAUGUUCGUGCUGGCCCACGUGCACUCGCGGCGCAUCACCGCGUUUCACAAAGGCAGGCGCCAGUCCACCAGCAUGAAGGGCGCGAUCACCCUCACCAUCCUGCUCGGCGUCUUCAUCCUGUGCUGGGGGCCCUUCUUCCUCCACCUCAUCCUCAUCCUCGCCUGCCCCACCAGCCCCUUCUGCAACUGCUUCUUCCGGAACUUCAACCUCUUCCUCAUCCUGAUCAUCUGCAACUCCCUCAUCGACCCGCUCAUCUACGCCUACAGGAGCCAGGAGCUGCGCAAGACCCUGCAGGAGCUGGUCCUGUGCUCCUGGUGCUUCGGCAUGUAACAGCCCGCGCUGCGUCACGGGUAAAUCGAGGCAAAUUAGGUCAACGUGCGGCCUUUCAUCCGAAGAACAGUUUCUCUGUGAGGGUUUUAUUGGGCGGAUUAGG